CUGCGCCCGAAACGAAAUCUCUGGCAGAACCUGAUCAAAUUCUCCAAAGACAAGCCCUUGGGAGCGUUCGGCGGGUCAGUGGCGGUCCUGCUGAUCGUGCUGGCGAUCUUGGCUCCACUGGUGGCCACCCACAACCCUGAGACAACCAACUAUCGCGCGGUUCUGGCUACCCCCAGCGUAGACAUGCUCCUGGGCGGCGACCAGCUUGGCAGAGACGUUUUCAGUCGGCUGAUCUACGGCACGCGCAUCUCCCUCCUCGUGGGAAUCCUGAGCGUUCUGUUCGGGGUCACCAUCGGGUUGGCCAUAGGGCUUGUAAGCGGAUACUUUGGAGGUGCCGUCGAUCUCGCGGUCCAACGACUGAUGGACGCCGUGAUGGCGUUCCCUGCUCUCAUACUGGCCUUAUCCAUAAUGGCGGUGAUGGGUGCGUCUAUCGUAAAUGUGAUCAUCGCACUUGCAGUUGUGUUCAUACCCGGCGCAUCACGGACCAUCCGAUCGCAGGCGCUGAGCAUCAAGGAGACCGACUACGUCCUGGCCGCCAGGGCCAUAGGGGUUAGUGAUUUGCGCAUCAUGGUGCGCCACAUGGCGCCCAACCUGGCCUCGACCUACAUCGUGCUCGCCACCAUCUCGCUGGGCUGGGCCAUCGUGGUUGAGGCGUCGCUGAGCUUCCUCGGUGUCGGCGUUCCUCCCAACGUGGCGAUUGGGGCCGGACAGCGGCGCAGAAAGACCGAGCCAAAAACCCAGGAGGAAGAAGGAAAGGGGCGGAUGGGAACCGGAAGCCCGGGGAAAACGGAGGGGAAAAAUCUAAAAGACGAGCCAACAUAA